AUGAACAGGGACAUAAAGGGGUGGUGUCAAUCUUGUCUUCAUUGCCAGCGAUCAAAAGUCUGGAGACAUAAUAUACUGCUUCCUUCUCAAUUUGUUGCUCCGGAUAGUCGUUUUCGACACGUUCAUAUGGACAUCAUCGGUCCAUUACCGGAAUGUGAAGGCUACAGGUAUUGUCUCACAUUGAUAGACAGGUUUUCUCGUUGGCCUGAAGCCGUUCCACUAAAAAAUAUAGAGGCGAUGACUGUUUGCCGUGCAUUCUUCGACUGUUGGAUCUCUCGUUUUGGUUCGCCUGAGACUCUCUCAACAAACCAGGGUAGCCAAUUUGAGUCGAGAUUGUUUUCUGCAUUGUUAAAACUUUCUGGUUGCAAUAGGAUUCGAACGACACCUUAUCACCCCGCAGCAAACGGAUUGGUUGAACGCUGGCACCGCACGCUUAAGGCUGCAAUUAUGUGCCACAAUAACCUUAAGUGGAUUCAUUCGCUUUCCACAGUCAUGUUGGGACUUAGAAAUAAUGUUUUGGAUUCGGGGGCAUCGCCGGCCGAAUACCUCUACGGUACCACCCUCAGAAUACCGGGCGAAUUUGUUAUUCCGGAAGAUUUUUCCGCGAAUCGUCAAAUCUUCAUAGAAGAAUUUCGGGAACAUAUGAAAUUGGUUAAGCCAGUGCCGGUCGAGCACAGGCACAAGAGAAAGAUUUUCUUUUUCAAAGAUUUGUACUCUUGUUCCCACGUGUUUGUUAAAGUUGGUCCAAUUAAAAAAGCUUUGGAAUGUCCAUACUUAGGUCCGUAUAAGGUCAUUAAACGUAUAUCGGACAGAGUUUUUGAGGUAGAGCUUAAUGGUAUCAAUAAACAAAUUUCGGUAGAGAAUUUAAGCCCGCGUUUUUUGCUCUCAGUGACAGCGACAGUCCUAUUGAGCUUUCAAGUGAAGAGCUUUUUGAAUUGCCUUCUACUUCGAGUGGUGUUUCAGGUGCAUCUAGUGUCCCUAAUCAAUCCAGCAUUCCAUUGA